CUUCAACCCCAAACCUCAAAAUGUCCCCCACCACCACCCGCAUCCACCUUCUCCCCCCCACUCCCCCCACCGACCGCACCAUCGAAAUCUGCCUCUACCACAAACUCACCGCCUUGCGCCACGCCGCCCUGCGCUCGUCCCCCGCCGCCUUCUCCCCGCUCUACCGGCAGGAAGCCUUCAAAUGCACCACCCCAGACGGGCGGGCCGAGGCGUGGACGUUCGCCGCCGUGCAGGGCCCUUGCGCCAAGAACGAGCUGGAAAAGGACGGGAAGGGGGAGGGGGAGGGGGAGGGUGACGGGCAGGGUGAAGCUAGGCAUGGUGAGGUUGACAAGGUUGAGAAGGUUCAGGUCCUGGAGGCGGAUCUCGACGCGUUGGUGUCUGGGGAGUGGGUGGGGAUUGUGACGCUGAUUGCGCCGCCGCCGGCUGGAGAUGAGCGGAGGUGGGAGAUUAAUUGGUUGUAUGUGCUGCCGCAUGCGAGGAGGAAGGGGAUGGGGAGGCGGUUGUUGGAGGCGGCGGUGGGGUAUGGGGUGCGUGAGAGUAGACUAAGGGGGAGGGAGAGGGCGGGGUUCCGGCUGCAGGUGGCGACGGGGAAUGUGGGUGUGGUGGGGUGGUAUGAGAGGUUGGGGUGGCGGGUGAGGGGGGAGUGUGUGGGGGGUUUGGAGAUGGAGAGGUGGGUUGGAGGUGAGGUAGAGGCUAGUGAUAGGGUAUGAGUCGCUUUUGGAACCUAGCCACCACUGCCAGGAGCAGCCCCACUACCAGGAAGCAUGUCAGUCAAGAAGCUACUCAAUCCCCACAGCACGAAACUCCGCAUCGCCCCUAGCUGUUUGAAAGCCCCAUGGGGCACCCCAAUCAGUAUCAAUCAGACUCUCCAGCAGUGGUAUAUCCGUGUGCCCAAACUCGUGGCCUGGU